UAUAGGAGCCAUUUUAGUAACCAUCCUCCGCCAUCUUGCCUCCGCCAUCUUGCUUCCGCCCAAAGAUCGGAUCUUUACUGAAGAAGUCUGAAGAAGUGUUUCGGCCGAAACGUCACCUAUUUCCUUCGCUCCAUAGAUGCUGCUGCACCCGCUGAGUUUCUCCAGCAUUUUGUAUACCUUCAAUCUUCCAGCAUCUGCAGUUCCGUCUUUACUCGGAUCUUUACUUCCGCCUCCGCCCUGGAAUGACGUCACGUCUACUAGUCCUGCAUUCUGCUCUGCUGUAAAUUGCUCCAAUCGCCAAUGUAGGCGACCAGACUUGUCUUUCUCCAGCUUCCCCGUUAAAGAGGAAAGGGUUUAGGAGCCGUUACUGUGGACGGAAAGACAGGUCUGCUCGGUGUGCGGUUGAGCUUCGAGGGGCCGAGCUUCGAUGGAGGACCGCAUGACGGGGCACCACAAGGAGAAGCGUUACGAGUGUGACGUGUGUGGCAAGGCCUGGCAGAGCCCGAGCCUGCUGGAGACCCACCAGCGGGUACACUCCGGCGAGAGGCCCUUCACCUGUUCCGACUGCGGCAAGAGCUUCAAGACGGUGUAUAACCUGAAGGUGCACCGACUGGUUCACACGGGCGGGAAGCCCUAUGGCUGCUCCGCCUGUGGCAAGAGCUUUACCCGGUUGAAUGGGCUGCAGGUGCAUCGGCGGGUGCACAACAGUGAGCGGCCCUUCACCUGCUCUGACUGCGGAAAAGGCUUCAAGUCGUCUCUGGACCUGAAGGCGCACAGGCGCCUGCACACCGGGGAGCGACCCUAUACCUGCAGCGAAUGCGGCAAGGGCUUCACCCGCUCCGACAGCCUGCUGUACCACCAGCGCGCCCACACCGGCGAGCGCCCCUACACCUGCACCCAGUGCGGUAAGGGUUUCAUCCAGUCCACCUGCCUGCUGUCCCACCAGCGCACCCACACCGGGGAGCGGCCCUACACCUGCAGCGACUGCGGCAAGAGCUUCACCCGCUCCGACAGCUUGCUGUACCACCAGCGCCUCCACACUGGCGAGCGCCCCUACACCUGCACCCAGUGCGGCAAGGGCUUCACUAAGUCCAGUCACCUGCUGUCCCACCAGCGCAACCACACCGGCGAGUGCCCCUGUUAAACUGAAUUCUGUCAAUCGAAAGUCAAUGACUCAAAUACUUGUUGCUGUUAAAAUCAAUUCUUUAUUCAGCUGAGACUAGUCUCUGAACCUUCCAACACAGAGCUGAUGCUCUGGCACGGGUCCAGAGAGGAGUAACUUUGAUACAAACUCAUGGCAUUUAUAUAGGUAUUAGACAUUUCAGAUACAGAGGGUAUGACAAGCUAGUAACCAAUCAUCUGAGUCCUUCUGGUGAUUUACAACAUCAGUCACAUGAUCCCCCUUCCCUGGCCUCAUUACAGCCUUUGUUUGCCUGUCUAAUAACUUUAUAACUUUGCUUAUUAUAUUUCAACACAGCAAAACCCCAGUAGGCUCUUAUCAAAGACCAUUCCUCAAAAUACAAGAUACGUAUAUAACACAAUGAUCGCACAAGUCAUACACACUCUAUACCAAGAGAAAAUAUAUUUCUAUAAAUCUAAACAAUUUCUAUGUCUAAAGUGUACCUUUCUACUAAGACAAUACAUUUCAUAAUUGGUGUUACUAUAAUUUCACAGUUUUAAAUACUUUUACCUAUGUCUUUAAAACAUUAAUUAUAUAAGUUUGCUGAAUUACAGUUUCUAAGUUCAAAACCAUUCGCAUCCCAACCAAGCAUACAUGGGUCGUAAAUCUGUCAAUUUAGUUAAUUAGUGUUUGAUUCCAGGAUACAGCUUCAUUCACUUAACUUACAUACUUCAUACAGCUUAACUUACAGCCUCCCCUUUUCCUGCUAUCUUUGGAAGCUGUAUUUCCAAUCUUUCUACAAGGUCUUUUACAACUACUCCCCUCACAUCCAUCUUAAUUCAACAUAGCCAAGGCUAACUACAGGGCCUAUUAUCUCACACUCAGCCCAAACCUCACAGCUCAAGAAUGUCCACAAAGGAAAGAACAACUGACCUCUGGCCUAAGAAGAGGCCCCUUUUCAGUUAUCUAUUCAGCACAAAGUCAUAUCAAAUACAAUUUCCUCCAGUGCCUCAGCAAUAAACCUAAGCUAAGCAGAUUCAGGUUCAGGCCUCCAUGUUUUGAUUCAUCUUUGCCUGUGUGUAUAUGUCUGUUUGCACUUUAUUUCAGUUCAGGAAAACUAUAAGCUUUUCUUUUGCAAAUUACCUAGCUUAUAUAAAAGUCACUAUCCAAGCGGUUCUAUUUAUAUAAUAUUUCCUCCCACUCUGGUCAUUUAUGGCCACUAAUAGGAUAAUAACACGACAAGGAUUCAUCAGCAGUGGCUUAUUAGUCUACCAAGUUUAUACCUAACGUUAAGAUGCUUUAUAGCCCCCAAAACCUGGACCAUGUAGGUCAGCAGGCUGGCUUGUUGACACUAAUGCUGUUCUCUACCUCUCUGCUGUGCUUCACACCCUAGCCCUUAGGGUGCUCAGCUAUUCUGGGUUCCAUACCACUGGUCUAUCUCCAUUUUAUUCAUUCUAAUACAUUAAUCUUCUAAUAAUUCUUUGUCAACCUGCGCAUUUGAAAAAGUUACUUUUAUAACAACUAAACCAGGUUCGCUUCUUAAUAAACAGACACCACACAAACUGUUUGGUAGACCAGUUCAAAACUUUACUUAACAUCGGCCGAUGGAAGGGAGGGAGAACUCCAGUCAAGUGACCAACACAGACACUUGACUGUCCUCAGCCACCUUCUCUGAACAACAGAAUUACAUUGCCUUAAAUAGGGUUUUUUGUCCCCUUAACACCUUCCACAGACAUUAAUCAUGUCAGAGGUACAGGAAAAGGUUUCCACAGAUUGCAUCACAUCAAAGCUUUUGUUUACAUGGUACAAGAUAUACUAAAAACAUUGUAUAUCUUCUUUGUCACUUGGUCCCUCAUAAACAUAGGCCAUCUGGUUUAUUGCCUCUUGCUUCAAAGAUGUGACCACCUAUGUCUCUCUUCCUCUAUCACCCCCUCCCCCAUAAACAUUGGUCAUUUGGUUUAUGGCAUCUCACUGUGAAGAUUUAACCAGCUAUCUCUAUAGCUUCUCCUCUGCCUGUCACUUGGGAGACAAUGUUAUAGGAUUUAUUAUCUCACACACCCACAACCUAAGGCAAGCCUAAUUUGAGACUAAAUAUAAACUGUAAGCUAGCCCAGAAGUCAAUUUAAUAUCUUCUUAUAUUUUUAACUAAAAUUCGUCUUCAUCACAUUUACCAUCCAUUCAACUACCUCAUCGUAUAACAUUGGAAUGUCUUCUUCUAGAUGGUGCACUAAUAUCUUCUCACCAGUUUCCACAUUACCCAAGGCUGUCAUUAGUCUAGAAAUAAUACAUUUAACAAAAGCAAUUCCCACGAACAAACACAAAACCACUAUUGCUGCAUAUAUAGAAACAUAGAAAAUAGGUGCAGGAGUGGACCAUUCAGCCCUUCGAGCCUGCACCGCCAUUCAAAAUGAUCAUGGCUGAUCAUCCAACUCAGUCUCCUGUACCUGCCUUCUCUCCAUACCCCCUGAUUCCUUUAGCCACAAGGGCCACGUCUAACUCCAUCUUAAAUAUAGUCAAUGAACUGGCCUCAACUACCUUCUGUGGCAGAGAAUUCCAGAGAUUCACCACUCUCUGUGUGAAAAAUGUUUUUCUCAUCUCGGUCCUAAAAGAUUUCCCCCUUAUCCUUAAAAUGUGAUCCCUUGUUCUGGACUUCCCCAACAUCGGGAACAAUCUUCCUGCAUCUAGCCUGUCUAACCCCUUCAUAUCAAAGUCCUGACAUCCCAGGAAUCAGUCUGGUGAUCCUACUCUGUACUCCCUCUAUGGCAAGAAUGUCUUUCCGCAGAUUAGGAGACCAAAACUGCACGCAAUACUCCAGGUGUGGUCUCACCAAGACCUUGUACAACUGCAAUAGAACCUCCCUGCUCCUAUACUCAAAUCCUUUUGCUAUGAAUGCUAACAUACCAUUCACUUUCUUCACUGCCUGCUGCACCUGCAUGCCUACUUCCUUAAGUACUCUGCGAUGCAGCUUAACUGGCCCUGGGGAUUUUUUUGGCCUUUGAUCCAUUCAAUUUACCCAACACCACUUCCCGGCUAACCUGGAUUUUACUCAGUUCCUCCAUCUCAUUUGACCCCCGGUCUCAUGCUAUUUCCGGAAGAUUAUUUAUGUCUUCCUUAGUGAAGACAGAACCAAAGUAGUACUAAUGAUCCAAUUAUAAAAUCCCCCAAAUCCCCAGUCUCCCCAUUCAAUACCCUCCUGUAUCCCAUCGAGCAGGAUAAUAAUGCCAUUUUGAUGUUUGUGAUGUUACUGUUUUGCCCUGAAUUCCCAUCAAACAUCUGUCUUUCACAAUAGCACAUGUGUCUCCCUCAUGUGCCAACAGAUAGUAUAAGGCAUAUCUAUCCUGUAAAGAGAACAGACGUAUUUCUGAUAGUAGCAAGGUAACACACAAUUUGUCCUUUACCAAAUAGUUAUUUAUGGGCUUAUAUAAACAUGUUAGAGUCUGUUUCUUCCAAUGCCCAUGUUUCCCAUGUUUUUCUCAUGUUCUUUCUCCUGUAAACAAUGGUAGACCUCUAAUGCUUCUCGAUAGCAUAGUCCAUCAUACAAAUGUUCCUUUGCCGAGUUGUCUUCCAAAGAAUACCGUCUGCAGAAAAAGUCAAAUUUGCACUCCAGAGACCAACAGGGUAAUUCCCAUAGGUGUUGGUGAUCUAAGUCUACCUGCCAAUCGGGCUGACGCUGUAUCCCAUUGCAAUAGUCAAUCUCGGUGACAUCCCAGGAUACAAAGGCAUCUGGGCCAUUGCACGGUACCACAUCUCUUUUGCAGAGGUGAAAGACUCUGCUUGUUUGUCCCGGGACACAUCGUCAAAUUUAGCCUCCAUUUCCCUCCAUCUGUAGUAGCAUCAGGAUGCAUAGCAGGAUGAAUCGCCUCAUUUUAAUUUAUCUGAAAUAUGCAAAGGCUCACAAAAAGCUAAUUUCUUACUUAAUUAACUUAAACAACUAUUCACUCAAUUUAAACGUCCUUCAGUCAGUCAGUCCAGUACUCCCCUCACAUCCAUCCCAAUUCAACAUAGCCAAGGCUAACUACAGGGCCUAUUAUCUCACACUCAGCACAAACCUCACAGCUCAAGAAUGUCCACAAUGGAAAGAAUACACGACCUCUGGCCUAAGAAGAGACCCCUUUUCAGUUAUCUAUUCUUCAACAGAAAGUCAUAUCAAAUACAAUUUCCUCCAGUGCCUCAGCAAUAAACCUAAGCUAAGCAGGUUCAGGUUCAGGCCUCCAUGUUUUGACUCAUCUUUGCCUGUGUGUAUAUGUCUGUUUGCACUUCAUUUCAGUUCAGGAAAACUAUAAGCUUUUCUUCUGCAAAUUACCUAGCUUAUAUAAAAGUCACUGUCCAAGCGGUUUUUAUUAUAUAAUAUUUCCUCACCCCUACACCUGCGCCCAAUGCGACAAGGGCUUCACCCGCUCCACCCAUCUGCUGAACCACCAGCGCACCCACACCCGCGAGCGCCCCUACACCUGCGCCCAGUGCGGCAAGGGCUUCACCCGCUCCACCCAUCUGCUGAACCACCAGCGCAUCCACACCCGCGAGCAUCCCUACACCUGUGCCCAAUGCUGCAAGGGCUUCACCAGCUCCUACGAGCUGCUGUCCCACCAGCGGGUGCACGCCGGCGACCGUCCUGUCCCCAGCCCGGUGUGUGGCCUCUCGUGCCCUGUCUCACCAGCGCGUGCGCACCAGUGGCCAGCCCUACGACUGCCCGUACUGUGGUGUGGAGUUUGACAGCUCGCGGGCGUUGCGGCAGCACCGGCGAACCGGCUGCUGCCACUGUGACGUGAGCAAGGGGGCUGCGGGAGCACCUGCGGAUACACACCAGAGAGAGACCCUUUGUGUGCACUGAGUGCGGCAAGGGUA